AUGCUGUUAUUAGAUAACAUUCCACUUAUACUAAUAACAACUGUAUCAAUGGAAUUUAUUUCAUGGUUUUUACACAAAUAUCUUUUUCACGGGCCUCUCUGGUUUAUACACAAGACACAUCAUAAUCGAACUCUUCAUGCAACAAUAGAAUUAAAUGAUUUAUUUAGUUUAAUUUUUGCAUUGAUUUCAAUGGUAUUGAUCAUUAUCGGUGUUUGGAUUUCUUCACCGGUACCUCAUGCUAUAGGUCUUGGAAUAACAUUAUAUGGGUUUAUUUAUUUUAUUAUACAUGAUGGAUUGAUCCAUCAACGAUACCGUUUAUGGAAUAAGAUAUCAAAUAAUUAUUUAAAACAAGUUCAACGAGCUCAUCAACGACAUCAUAUGUAUCCGAAUAAGCAACCUAGCGAGGAAUUCGGACUUUUUCUUCUUUUUGGUAGAAAAUAUUGGAAUGAUAUAUUCAUUAGUUAA